AUAGUCAUGCGUUAGGCUCUUCUGAUCAGUGGAAACUUUUCAAGUGAGUGCAGCCUCCGUUCACCACUCGAGAUGUUUUAAUGACUAAACAAACAGGAUAUAUCACCUUCGACAAACAACCUCGGCCUUUCUCGACAGGUUUGUGACACUUUCUUCGUGCUGGAAGAGUCACUCUUAUCGCCGUGCCUCACAGCCUCGCCAAAACCACAGAGACGUCUGGUAUCCGUCCUGGUUUCUCUAACCGUAAAGGUAAGAAAGAUUCAAGAAAACGGAGUCAGAAUGAAGCACAAGGACGAUGGAAGUGACAAGUCGUAAAAGGACACUUUAGGGACACACUCACCUGAAUGCCGCAGGUGUGCAUCCCUCGCUGCCUUUGUAACCUGAGCGGCGAGGCGAGGCAGGUGUUGCGAGGUGUGGUGAGGCGCGAAAAGUGAAUAACUGAAACAAGAGAAAACUCAUGCACAUCCUGUAGUGCUAUCAAGCUGUUCGAUGGCGGUAAAACAACACAACAGAACUACCACCUUGGCUCCGUCUGCCCCCUUCACGGAGCUGGUGUCUGGGAAAAGUGCAUGACCGAAGCAACUCAAUAACACAUCCAGUGCUAUAAAAUUGUUCCUACACGAACAAACAAGACAGCAUGGCCACCGCCAUGGCCCCGACCGUUCUCUUCACAGAGUUGGUGCCGGAGAGCUUCAUGGGAGAAGGGAGUUUCGAUGACAAUGUGUCGUUCUUCGGGGCCUCAGCGAACUUGGAGAACAUCACGUCCUUCCUGACCAACUGCCUGCGCCUCGACAACCCCAUGGAGAUGCUUAAGCCCCACAAGGCCAACCCGAGCUUCGUGCCCAUCGUUGUGACUCACGCCCUCACCUUCCUGCUCGGCGUGUCCGGGAACAGCGUCAUCGUCUUCUCCAUGGCCAAGGACAAGGGCACCAGGAACGUCACCAGCUGGUUCCUGGUGUCCUUGGCGGUGGCGGACCUGCUGCUGCUGCUGCUGUGCGUGCCGCUGGAGACGCUGCAGUACUUCCUGUGGACGCCCAACUACACGCUGCCGGUUUGCAAGCUGUCCUCCUACUUCGAGCUGCUCUCCGCCGUGGCCUCCGUGCUCAACCUCACCGCCGUCAGCCUGGAGAGGUACCUGGUGAUCGUAUACCCCAUGAGGUCCCGCUCCUUCUGUACCUUGAGCAACUGUCGCCGGGCCAUCCUGGGCGUGUGGUGCAUCUCCCUCGUGCUCUCCGUGCCCGCCGGCUACACGCAGGACGUGUAUUCAGUGACCUACUGUAACGUGACGCACAACGUGACAGUGUACCAUUGCGACACGGGCGGCGACCACGACCUGACCUUCGCCGUCUACCGCCUGGUCAUCGUGUUCCUGCUGCCCGCCCUCUUCAUGUCCUUCUUCUACGCGCGGGUCAUCAAGGCGCUCUGGGUGUCCACCAGGACCAUGUCCGCCAUGACGCGCGUAUACAGCUCCCGUUUUGAUUCUCGCCACAGCAUCUCUUCCCACCACUCGCUGGCCUCGUGCUCCGUCACCACAGGUCUCGUGCACUCCUCGCCCUCGGUAGUGUCAGGCCUCACAGCACUCCACGCCUCCUGCCCUGUCAGACGUUGCGUGCACCGCCAGAGGUCCGGAGAGGAAGUGAAGCAGGCCAGGAAACAGGUGAUCAAGAUGCUGAUUCUGGUGAUCAUCUUGUUCAUGGCGUGCUGGGGCCCCAAGAUCGUCUUCUACGUCUUUCAGAAGAACGGUUUCUCGCAGGAGUCUUUCAAGCCUCUCGUCUACAACAUUAGGAUCUGUUUGGGCCUCCUCCCCUUCGUCCACUGCUGCCUCAACCCGAUCAUCUACAGUUUCAUGUCCACGAACUUUGGGCGGAUGAUGCGGCGGUCGUGUGCCCGAGAGAACUGCUCGACGCUGCUGAACAACCUGUGUCUCGGUGCCACCAGGUACAGGCACAGGACGGAAGACCCCGAAGUUGACAACCCGCCUGGGGUGCUCCUGGCCGUGCCGCCCACCCCGCCCACCAUCCCCUCAGAGCCCCUAUACCUCGAGAAUGGUGUUGGCUACGACCUGGCAAACACGUCUUUUCUGGACCUGAAUGGCCACACCCCAAGCCCCUCCACGCACCCUCAGCCCAUCAGCGUCAAGGAUAACAACUAAUGCUCCGCACUCUUCCUUGGGGCACGCCACCUCCACCGUAAAGGGGGAGGAUGUUGGCUUGAUUAAAUUUAUGGCGCGACAAACAUCCAACCUGUAUGACUUGCACGUAGUAGGAGGAGGGCGAGGUGGAGGAGGAGGAGGAGGAGGAGGAGGAGGAGGUGAGAGGUUGUCUGUUGAACUAUUCUACCUUCGCUUUCCACGUGGUCAAAAAGGAUAAUGUGGUGGAUUUCAUGGUUUUCAGAGACUUUUGGCAUCAUUGGCCGCCUUGUUGCCGUGUUGUGACUCCGCUGUUUGUCCGCCAGGUGGCUGUUGCUCGCUGAUGGGAGUGACAGAUCGAAAGGUUUAUGUAUAUAUGGUGUGAUGACAGUGUGAUUAACUAUAUCUUUUGAGAGAAGAGGAUCAAUGAACUCUCCGCCGUCAUUGUGAUGGUGAUAUAUACUCAUCGGGUGCUUAGUGACUGCAAAUUGACAGGAAAUACCCACCUGUAAGGAAGAACUGAUAACAGAUUGAUGAAGUGUUUAAGGGAAAAAAGAUGAGGACGCAGAAAAAAUGCACUGAGUGAGUUGUCAGUGUUUUUACUGCAGGCUUUCGGCCCUCACACUUGUUCAGUAGUUCGAGGAGCUCUGCAGAACCUUUCUUUGGCGUGUGUUUACAGUGUGGCAACCUGAAGACUCCUGCCAGGGAAUCGUGCAACAGAGUGACGAGAUGAGUCCAGCGUGAGUGGAGGUUCCCAGGCAUCCCCAGCAAACAUCACACAAGACAUCACCUGCGCUGCUGCGACACGAUAAACAACAGUUUGUAAGAAAAAAAUUAUGCCUGUGUUUUAUGAGCCGUGCUGCAUCGGUGAUUAAUUUUAUACCAGCUAGGCUCCGAGGUAACCCCAGCAACAAACACCCGUGCCCCGCUGAAGGACAGUGUGACAAGAAAAUUAUGCUAUCAUAUUUUAUGAGCACUGCUGCAUCCCGGGGAGGCCUAUAUUACCUCGUCUCGGGCUUAAUGUAGCUUCAAUUAAUGAUGAAGCUUGGGUGUUUGUCCCUCCCUGUCGCCAGCUCCUCGCCUGGACAUAGACUCAAAUUUUGUUGGCCCCACGGAUCCUACACUAGCUCUUGAAAUGCAUAUCGUCGUCAUCAUUUUGAAAAGCUAGGAAAUGCACUUCUCUUAAUGUGUGUGUGUGUGUGUGUGUGUGUGUGUGUGUGUGUGUGUGUGUGUUAUUGCAUAUGUACGUAGACGUGUUAAUAUAUACGUACUCCAAACAUUUCUCGUAUUUGCAAACUUUAUAAAUUUCAGUAUUUCGCAAACAAAGCUUUAUAUACAACAUUCCAAGACUGGGCCACAGAAAGAGUAAGGGAGAAAAAUUAAGCAUAAAUGUGAGGUAGUAUUAGCGUUUCUCAUUAUUCUUGGAGGUGUACAUAGCUAAAAUAAAAGGUGUAUAUUUUUCUAGUCCUGAAUACACUACGAUUUCUAACUGUCUGUCCUUAUACCCCGCCCCUUAUCGUUAGUCCUACUCUCUCUCUCUCUCUCUC